GAAGGAAAUCAUGCCAAAAGCCGCUUUCGCUUUAGCUUUCUUCCUAACUGUUAUUGCGCUCCAGCUUGCUGAUGCCAAUAGAUUUGGUAAUGUGAGAGUCGUCUCUUGUGAGAGGGCGAGGAGAUUCUAUGAGUACAUAAGCUGUGAGGAUGAUGGAAGUUACAGCAGAAUCCAGUGCAGGAAUAAAUACUGCCAUUGUGUAAACACUACAACAGGAGAGAGACUAGAAUUGACUGAGUCUUUUAAAAAUGGCACACAAAAUGCCACUUACUGCAUGAAGCUUGAGGCAUGUGGUCCCCAGCAACCCUGCAGGCUGAACUGUAAAUAUGGCUACGCUACCAAUGGAGUUUGCAAACUGUGCUCAUGCAAGCAAUUGAACUGCAACUACACACGUAUUUCUGAUGCUAUCAGAGGCUGUGGAAGCAUUCGCUGCAUCACAAUAGAUAAUUUUUGCUUAAAAUGUAGAACAAACUGUGACCAAACAACAGGCCCAAAUGCUCCAACAAGAUGUGGUAGUGAUGAAGAAUAUGUUAGACGUGGCUAUGGUUGGGGAACAUGCAGGCCAAAAUUAAGCGGUAAUGACACUUGUGUCAGAGAAGAAGAGGAUGAUGAUGAUGAUGAUGAUGUUUAUGAUGAUGAUGAUGAUGAUGAUGAUGAUGAUGAUGAUGAUGAUGAUGAUGACGAUGACGAUGAUGAUGAUGAUGACUUUGUUUCUGAUGACAUACCUGUUGCACAAUUAGAGCUGGCAAGCUCAAUGGAAGAAGACAUGAUGGAAAAGGAUGAAGACGACAGAGUCAGUCGUAUAGUCACUGGAUCAUCAUCACGCAGGGCAUCAAGGAAGAUUAACAGAUACAUCAACCAGUGCAGUGAUGGAUAUUAUUGUAGGAAAGUACGUGAUGAUAGUAGAGGAAGAUGUGAACAGCAAAAUACAGAUGGUGUUUGCUACAGGAAUAGUAACAAUGCAUCAGGGGAAUGUGACAGUAAUGGAUACUACAAACCACGCUACUGUAGAGUAGUGACUGUUAAUAACAGGAGGAGGAUUAUAUGUGUGUGUGUCAUUCCUAGCAAUGGAACUAGACUGGCUGAUACUCGCACCACUUUUGAAGACACUGGGAAUGAGGAGGAGAAUGAAAAUAGGAAACCAAAAUGUAGUGAAAGAGUGUAUGGUACUUGUAGAGUUACAAGAGGUGGCAGAAGGUUUUCGAUGAAACAUGGAGAGCGUGACACGAAUCCUUGCAUGUGCAGAACAUGUGUCUGCUACUUUGGUACACUGUACUGCAGGACAAGAAGAAACUGCAGAAGAUGUGACUCAACUAAGACAUGCACACUGCCUAAUGAUACUGUCAUAAGGCAUGGACAAUCAGCUAGGGUAGACUGUAACAGGUGUUCAUGUAGAUAUGGUAAUCUUUAUUGCACUGAUAGAGAUUGCAAUACAACAGCUACUACUGACACCAAUUGCACUAGAUGUAGAUCAGAAGGAGUCAGUAGAGUCUGUGGUCCAAAUGGAAAGACAUACAUCAACAGCUGCACUGCCAUAUAUUGUGCUGGGAUAGCUUCUGUUGAUCUCAUUGAUGGACCGUGUCCAAGGACAAAUCCUUGCAUCAGAUUUCCAUGUGAUCCUGGUCAGGUCUGUUUAAAAAGAGGAGGAGUGUCCUGUCUGGCUCGUAAUACAGGCUGUAGACCAGACACACUAAGGCACUGCAUUAAUGUGACAGAUUUAUCUUGUACUAAUGAAACAGCAGUUAGUGAUGAUGAUGAUGAUGAUGAUGAUGAUGAUGACUCAGAUACUGAUGGAGAUGGUAUUGGUAAUGGUGAUGUUGAUCCUGAUGAUACUUCAAUAUGUGGGACUGAUGGAAACACAUAUGCAUCAAUAUGUCACAUGGUACAGAGCACUGUUAAUGUUACAAUACUUCAUGCUGGACACUGUAAUGCUUUAAGAUGUAAAGGAGGACGAGUUUGUGGUACUGAUGGAGUGACGUAUGAGAAUAUUUGUGAAUUGCGUACCCAAUCAAAUAAUGCAAGGUUUGAUUAUAGAGGAGCCUGUGUUGAUGAUAGUGAUGAAACACCUGAUGGAGUAUGUGAACGUGUCAUUUCAAGUGGACGCUGUCGUUUUAAUACCAGUAACUGUCCUUGUCUGGUCCGUCCUACAGUUGGAUGCUGUCCUGUGUGUGGUGGAGCUAUACUAGCACUACUGGAUAUAGAAGGUAUCAGUAAUGCAAGCUCUUUAGACCCAGACCUUGAGACACUGGAUGGCUAUGUCAGACAAAUUGUGUCGGAUGAAUUGUUUUUAAAUGUAACAGCUGGACGUUGCUCAGUAGAAUCAAGUUUAACUACUGCUGGUAACAUUGAGCUUGCAAUAAGUUCAAUGAGCAAUAGAUCUAAUGAUAGAUGCUAUUGCCAUCGUGUUGCAACUAAUAUAACCAUAGCCAUUAAUCGCUCAGUUGAAGAACAAUCCAGGAAACGCAGACAGGCCACUACAAACACAGAUACUUCUCUCUCUCCAUCUUAUCAGUAUAUACUGGGGGCCAGUGAAGCUCAGCUUGAAACUAGUACUGGAGGUCCUGGUACUGAAGGUACUGGUACUACAGCAACUCCAACUUCAAGUGGUGUCACUGCUACAUUUGCUUUCAUGACAGUUCUACUGUUAACAGUGCUGGCCAUUGUUAUAUAGUGGGCUGGUGGCAUGAAAAACUUUGAUCAUUUUUAUUUGCUUCAUAAAUGUAUUUUGUUUGUAGUUUCCUUUUUGUCGUUUUUUGCUAAUAAUAAAAAUUAAAAUAA